UUUCGUUUCAACGACCUUGAACGCGCUGACUGGAAGCGGGCAUUCCGUAUUUCAAUUGCCGUGUGUGUGUUGGGUCCCAUGAGUAUUAAAUGUUUCCAUAUAUAAGUCAUCUUUUGAUGCAUAAUAAACACUAAAUAACUGCUAAGAGCAUUAACUGAGUAUUUUCUGUUUUGUAGUGCACACUUUAGCUCUGUUGUUCCUUCGAAACUUGAUCUGUGGUCCUAAGUGCUGUAGUGAAAGUCAACAGCUAUAUAUAAUUUGUUGAUAAGGUCCAGAAAACAACUUUUUGUGAGUCAAGACGAAAUGUCAACUGAAGGUGCUUCAUGCUCAAGUGAAAUUUCAGUGGACGUAAGUGACGCGUUCCAACGUAUUAUGCUGAACAAGAGAUUCGGAAGCUGGAUUGAAUUAGAUAAUGCGCUAAAGGAUUUCCAUAAAAUGACCCAUACACGCUAUGUUCACGCAGAAAGUAGAUUGUUGAAGGAUGUGAGAUAUAAAUACUUGUUCGUAGUGUUUCGUUGCACGUUUGGUCGUAAACGUAAAUCAGAAGGUCUGAAUGUGAAUAAAAAAACCGUGAGGACUCUAACUAAUGUGUUACAUUUAAGGUCUAAAUUUUUAAAUUGCCAAUCGAUGUUUCGCGUAAGAUUGUAGGGUCAACAAUACGUUAUAAAAUCUUACAACAUGUCUCACAACCAUCCGUGUACUAGUUCGUGGAUGGUUUGUGAUCCGUUGAGUAGACGAUUGUCAUCAGAAGAAAAAGAAAACUUGAAACCAGUUAUAUUGCACUGUCAGUCGACGGACGAAGUUAUCGAAAGUAUUAAGGAAAGAACAGGUAAGCAGGUGACCGCUGCUGAUGUCAAAAAUAUGAAAGCUGAACUCUCCACUGGUUGGACUCGGAAGCAGGUAUUGCAGAUGAUGCGACAAAACGGUGAAGUUAGAGAGCAUGCAGAAAAUGGAUGUAUUACGGCGAUAUGCUUCAGCAGUUAUGAUCAAAUACGGCUGUACAAUCAAUAUCCCGAAGUCGUGUGUAUUGAUUCUACUUAUAAAACUAAUAAUAAAAAAUAUUCAUUAUUCCAAUUAGUGGUGACAGACAAUUGGGGUCGAGGUCGAACUGUACCUAUCACGUUUCUGGAUGCCACGUAAAACAAUGUGGGCGCGUGCCUUUUACGGCAGUGUAUUAACUUUGGGUAACAACACGAAUAAUCGUGUUGAGUCAUUAAAUAGGCAGAUAAAAAGAUAUGUACGCAAAAGCGACAGCUUGCACAAAUGCAUGUACAAGGCUUUUAAGUGGAGUUCAAUGACAUUCUCUAGAAAAAGCAUUGAAGACCAAAUAAUCAGUGGAAGAACAUACAAUUAUGAUGCUCCACAGCGUCUUAUCCCCUUAAUUAACAUGUUGACUCCAUUUGCAAGAUCCAAGGUGUUAUGCGAACUUAAAAAAAUGCGUUUUGUUAACUUAGAAUAUGAAAGCGGCGAGUGGUUGUUUAUGGUUGACAGCGGACAAUAUUACGAAGUGGAUGUAAGUAUUUGUCAAUGUAAUUGUAGCACGUUUAAUAUGUGUCGAUAUCCGUGCCGCCAUCUCCUGCUGGCAUAUGUUAAAAGACGAAAUCUAACAACUCAUCAACUUCUUAGGUGUUGCUGCAGAUGGAAAUUAGAAAAUAGGUACAACUUACAAAACAACACAGCAAUUUCAUUACGGAGACGGAGUAAAGAAUAUAUACAACUUCAACGGCUCCAAAGAAUGUGCAAACAACAAAUUGUUGAGAAAUAUGGUGAACGCUUCGCGAAUCAGGUGGAGAGAAAAGUCUACAAUUUUUACUUAAGAAUUAUAAACAGCUAGACAGCAGGUUUACGAUUAACAGUUCUUUGUGGCUUUAUUUUAUACCACUAUUUAUACAACUUGUAAACUUAUCUCUCCACUUUAGUAGUC